CAAACUUUGUUAUUGCAGUGUUUUUAGGUUAAAUGGUGUGUUUUGUGUGCUUGAGACCUCGUAGAUAGUCAAAAUGUAAAAUACAAUUUUGUUAUUAUGCUUGCUUAGUUCUAAUGGCUGUUUAUAAAUUUGCUGAAAAGUGUUUUAAGAUAGUGGUCAAUAAUAGUUUCUACGUAUAUUUCGUAUUUUGUGUUCUGUGCCAUGCAUUCUCAACUUGUGUGCAAGUACCCACUCUCAGUGGAUUGUGUAUCAGAGAUAAUACUUCUUGUUCACAUCAGUUCGAUGUUUCCAAUGCACUGGAAGAAGAUCUAUGCUUCAUGAGAUACUUCCCAAGCACUGACUGCAAUGAUCUUGUAACUGAAGGGGACUUCCUCGGGCACGCAACAGAGAUGCGCCUAUCGACGUAUCUCUAUGUAGAGGGCUACACAAGAAUAACUGCCUUUAAUAUCUCCUUUCAAGAAAUGAAGUGGAAUCGUUUGAAAAUGUGGUUUAAACCUAUUUCAAAUGAAUCGAAUGCAUCAAUGUGCCGUGAAUUUAGCUUGUCCAAGAAAGUGGAGUUGAAUAAUACAUUAUUUUUUGACUGCCUAUGGUCCAUGGAACGAUACGAGGGCACCUCUUAUCAAUUUCGCUAUGCUGCCUUCCUAGAUGAAGCCUCUGAUUUCCCUUUUGCUGCUAAAUAUGUUUUUCAAGUACCCUUAGCUGAAAGAAUUGAUAUCGAGCGAACGAAUGCCACAGAAUGGGAAGUCUUCAUGUACCUCGAUAUCAGUGCUCUUCCUCUUGUGACGUUACAUGUUCAAGAAGCACCCAGUCAUUUAAAAAUCAAGAGCUACAUCAUUGACGUGCAUCGCAAUUGGGGUAGCAGUUCAUGGACUGCUUCUUCUUUCACCAUUCCUGCCACAGAUGUAAAGAACGGUGAAAUUGCCCUCCAGUAUAAUGCUCGUUACAAACCUGGCAUCUAUCACUUCACUGUUUCAUUGAAUCAUGGUCGAUGUGGGGAACACCUCAAAAAGUGCUUUGUAUCGACAUCUCCGAAAUUUUUCGUCGUUUCAUCAAACCCUAAUCCACCCCUUCUGAUCGCUAUUGUUGGAGUUGUGGUCCUAAUUCCAAUUCUAGUCACCAUAUUUUUACUCUGGAGAAAACAAAUCCAUCCCGAAGUUCUUGAGAAAGCGCCUCCACGAAUGCUUAUAGUUUACAAUGGGAACUAUGCAGGCCAUGUUCGAGUUAUCAAAGAAUUCGCACGAUAUUUGAAUGAUGUUUGUGGCAUCGAUGCACUUUUAGAUUAUUACUGUGUACCUGAGUCUUCAUCUAAGGAUCCUGCAAAGUGGUAUGCUGAAACAUUCAAUACAGUGGACUACGUAGCUGUAUUUGCCUCCCCACCACAAUCUUACGCUCAGUGUGUUCAAAAAUAUGUCAGCCUCUAUCCCGAUAUGGAAGCUGUAGCCUUAAAUUUGCUCAGACGCCGGCUGGCCCAGAUUCCAUGCCUUACCCGAUUCCUCUCAGUGGUUUUGCCAUAUUGUUUACCCUCUACUUUAGGAGCAGAAGCUAAAGAUUUUACCAGGUUCAUGCUAUUUUCUGACCUAGAUAAAAUGUUAACAUAUAUUCGCGAAAACCGUAUACCAAUUUUCCCUCUUAAAGUCGAAGGAGGAGUGAACGAUCUCGAAACAAAAGGAGCUCAAUUAUUAGAAACUGUAAAAAGUGUUCAAAAGGAGUUAGAAAAUUGUGAAAUACUGAAACGAAACGGCAGUAAAUUCGAACGUAGGAAAAGUGACGGCAGUAAAGCAACAAAGAAUGAUUUCAGUGAAAUCGUCCAUGAAAUGGACCGAAGCAAGUGCACAAGUAGUAUUGAUAGUUCGCCGGAGGACAAUGAUUUCACUAUUUGUAAAGAUGACGAUAGUACUCUGAGAUCAAGAAAACUGACUCUUUGUUCAGAGCUCGAUUUUUCUCCAACACUGGAGAAUUUGGAUUUACUCCAAAAUGGCACAUCUCCUGUAAAAGAUGAUGCUGAUAAUGAUAUUCACCACUCUAGAAGUAAUUCAGAUUUAAAUAUAGAGCAUUUAAAUUUAUUAGGUUAAUCCUCUACUGUACGGAAAGGGCAUCAAAUGCUGAGCCAAGCGCUACCUCCGGUGGUGUGACAAGCAUCAUGUUACAGAAUCUUGUUUCAAUACUGCAUGAUGUAUGCUUGAAUCGUGAAAAAAUCACGUCUGUUUUAAGGAAGAUUGUAAGAUGAAUUGUUGGGAUGAGAUCGAUUGCUCUGUAUCAUGAUGUACGUCAACCAAACACAAAGGAAAUAGUAUGUAGGACUUUAGCCUCCUGGCUAGAUUAGGUACGACUUAACAUUCGUCAGUAGCGCUAUCUUUUUGCCCCUUGAGGAUGUUAUCUGUGCAUGUAUUGCACAUUGACAUGCAUUUUGUCAGAUCUGUGAUAUACUUUUUGAUUGUACAGUUGGUUUGGGUGUUUUUUUAAUAAGUCCUUAAGUCAUGAUUCCCAAGAUAAAAUGAAAAUGCACCGUUAUCUAAUAACAAGCAAGAUCCAAAUGCAACCAUAAACCAAAGUGAGAAAAACAAAAUACGAGAUUUACAAGUCUCUCCUUGCAUUCAUUAUUAAAGCACUUUAAUCUUGAUGUAAUUUUAAGAGCCAGAUGUAUGUACUUAUUUAUUUUUUUUACAAGCUCUAACUUUAAUUCAAGACUGCUCAUGGAAUAACAAUAUGUUAUGUUUGACUGUCAAUUAAAUUGACAGCAGUGAUUUUUAUUAGACCCAGGACUUGUGAUCAUGAGAAACGAUUUCAGUAGUGUAAAGGAAAAUUAAUUUUAUCUUAUGAUAGUUUUUUUGAGUUUUGAUAAGUCUUUUAAAUAAUGUGCUCUUUGUGAGCAGUCUUUAAUUUAUUUUCUAUUAAUCCUUCUCAUUUCAUUUUGUCAUUAUCAAAUUUAUGAAGUUAGAAUUAGAAGCGAAUUUUAUUUAGUCUUCAGUGGAAAGAAACUUUUCUUGUAAGGCUUGUUCUAACUUAGAAAUACUGAAUUCCUGUCCAGCCAUUCAGCCUGAUUGUAAUCGGUGAAGUGAAAUCGGUGUUUUUUGGUCAACA